GUUUUGCAAGACAUCGUCGUCGUUUCAUUCAUUCUUGUCAUCAUAAAACAAUACCAGGAACAAUUAACAAACGAGGUAAAGCAAAACCAGCACUACUGUGGUAAAAGCUGAGGUGAUCCUAUUGAAACAUUUGGUAAAGAUGUCGUCGUUUGAGGAGAAUGAUGAUGAUAAUUUCAUGGAGCACGUUUCUCACGAAGGUCUUGAUUUGAGUCCUAGAAUAGGUCAUGCGUACCAGGCAGAAAUUCCUUCCGUGCUUAAGAAAUCGGAGCAGCUUUCGCUUAGAAUGAAUCCUACUGAUUCAGAAUCUGUGCAUGAUAAAUCACUUUCCUUUGCAAUUGGUUUGCCCAUCCCAGUCACAUGGAUACCUAAUGAAGAAUGUGGAUAUCGUGGAGACAUCAAUUCAUGUCAAUUGGCCCCUGGCCGAUUGAGUAGCUCCUGGAGUGACGCGGAUACAAAAAGUUUUCUACUUGGUUUGUUUAUUUUUGGGAAGAAUUUUAUGCAGAUAAAAAGAUUCUUAGAUAACAAACGGAUGGGGGAAAUACUCUCAUUUUACUAUGGAAAGUUUUACAAAACUGAUGGAUAUCGUAGAUGGUCAGAGUGCAGGAAAAAAAAGGGGGGGAAACGUAUGAUAGGACAGAAACUUUUUAGUGGACCGAGGCAACAUGAACUUUUGUCUCGCUUGAUUACUCAUGUAUCUGAAGAAUCGCAAGAUACUCUGUCACAGGUUUCUAAGUCAUAUGUGGAGGGAAGAACUUCUCUAGAAGAAUACAUAUCUUCUUUGAAGUCUAUUGUUGGAGUUGGUGUUCUUGUGGAAGCAGUAGGUAUUGGUAAGGAGAAGGGAGACCUUACUAGGCUUGGUGUCGAGCCUGUGAAGAACAGUCGUAAGGCGUUUUUAGCACCAACUUGCAAAGCUUUGUCUUCUCUUGGACUUAGUGAUAUAAUACAAUCUUUGACUGGAGGGUUUCGGCUGAGCAAAACCAAAUGUAAUGAUCUCUUCUGGGAAGCUGUUUGGCCUCGCUUACUGGCAAGAGGUUGGCACUCUGAGCAACCAAAGAAUCGAGGCUAUAUUACCUCCAAAGAUUAUUUGGUUUUUCUUAUUCCUGGUGUUGAGAAGUUUUCGAGGAGGAAACUUGUAAAAGGUCAUCAUUACUUUGAUUCUGUUAGUGAUGUCUUGAGCAAAGUAGCAGCUGAACCGAAUAUUCUCGUGCUCGAGGAAGAAGCUGAAGUUGGUAGCUGUAAUGAGGAAGGGCCAGAAAAGGGAUCAAAUGAAGAUGAUGUAUCUGAUGAUCAUCGCCAAUGUUACCUCAAGCCCCGAUCUUCUACUUACAAUAAUGAUCGUAUAAAGUUCAUGGUUAUUGAUACCAGUUUGGUACGUGGCGGAAAUCCAUCUGAUCUAAGGGAGUUGAAAUCUAUGCCUGUUAAUUCAGUGAGUAAAGUUGAUGUAGAUGCUGCUGGUAAAAAAUAUAAAGGGCGAAAAUAUACGAGGAAAGUAAACCAUAGCACGGAUAUGUCUAAAAUCCCUGAACAGAAUGCAACAACAUUGACAGUUAUUGAUACCAAUCGACCUUCUGAUGGAAAAGUAUUGAAGCUUAAAGUGAAACAACUGAAAAGUCCCCCAGUUGAAUUAGAAGAUGCUCCCACGACGACUACUGGUCUUCGGAGAGAAAGUAAGGGUGGCUCUUCAACUUAUGAUUCAGCAAAGAUGGUGGAACCUAAAAGGCUGAUUUGCGGCAAAAAGAAAAUCAAUAAAACCGACAGUCACAGAGGUGUAUCUAACAGCGGUGCUAUUAGUAAAAUACAAGCAAAUGAUAAUGAUGCAAAUAAGAUGGUUGAAAACCAAACAAAUCAACACGCCUGUGAGUUUGAUGAUAAUCGACUGAAGAGGAUCAUAAAGCAUCAGUUCAAUCGGAGAGUAAGAUCAGGUGACUCUAAUAAUACAGUUGUUCCUAUUAAAAGGAGAAGAUUGACUGCUUGUGCCAAGGAAGAGAAAAGCCGCAUUGUUGAGAAUUCUUCAGGAGGUUUGGGAUCAGAUAAUCUUGGAUUUUCUCCGUCUUCUAGGUUCCGAGUUGCCAACCCAAUCGUCUGUGAUCCAAUUAGUCAUCAGCAGAGUCAAAGUUCACCUGCUUCUUCUGAAGACAGAAGCUUGGAAGAGGAUGAUAAUGUAAAAAGAAUUCACAACGACAGUAAUCAAUGCGUGAGGGUUUCUAGUGCUAAAGAUGCGAAAUGUGAAUCUUUCAGUUUCAACGUACCUCAGGUUCUGUCGAAUUCUGAAAAUUGCAAAAUCAUGGCAACGGUGGAGGAAGGCGAGCAACGCCUAAAGGAAAAAGAUCCAUGUCUAACAGCUGCCACUCAGGAAGUAGUUGAGUUGCCUCUGAGAACCGAUGUUGGUUAUUUGGAAAAACAGCCUGAUAUAAAUCCUAGGCGACAAAGCACUAGAAACAGACCGUUGACAGUUAGAGCAUUAGAAUGUAUAGCAAAUGAAUACCUGCACGUACAAAAGAGACAAAAAAAGAAAGACAUCCAGACACAUGAAGAUCCUUUCAAUCCUUGCUGCAGUGCUCAAACAAAAGGCAAAUCAAUUCAUCAUUGUUCAGAUCAUGGUAAUUCAGUUUUAGCACAAGAAGAAAAACAUUUGAUUGGAGAUCGUAGUGUUAGCUAAAUGUUUUCAAGCUACUUGGUUAAGUUAAAGAGUAGAGGUCAAUAGUGGUAAUUUUUUAAGUUACCUGCCUAUCUGUCAUCAUGGAGUUUCUGACUUUUGUAAUCAAAUUGGUUUUGAAUGUAUUAAUGCUUCUCUUGCCUUACUUGCAAAUUGAGUUCUAAGGCUGCCAAAUGACUAGACAUACUGUACAAAAAAAUUUGGUUUAUUUUGAUUUCCAA